GGAUCUAAUGGCAGGGUCUUUGGUGGGAGCUCCAGCAGUGGUGGUGGCCAUGGUGCAUUGUGCUCUGGAGGGGGUCUAUGCAAUUUCAGUGGGAUGUCUGAGGGGGGAAGUGACUUCAAUGGAGUCUCCAACAGCUUUGGGUCUGGUGAAGGUCGACUUCUUUUGGGGGGUGAGAAGCAAACAAUGCAAAACCUAAAUGAUCGCUUAGCAACCUAUCUGGGCAAUGUGCAAGCUCUAGAAGAAGCUAAUAGUGAACUCGAGAGGAAAAUCGCAGAAUGGUAUGAGAAAACUGGAACUAGGAACAGAGAUGGAGAUCAACGGGACUAUAGUCAAUAUUAUGCAAUCAUUGAUGACCUCAGGAAACAGACAGUUGCUGCCAUUGCAGAGAAUGGAAGAAUUGUUCUGCAGGUUGACAAUGCUAGGCUAGCUGCUGCUGACUUUAAACUGAAGUAUGAUAAUGAAAUGGCCCUCCGCCAAAGUGUUGAAGCUGACACUAAUGGCCUGCGCAAGGUCCUGGAGGAAAUUACCAUAACAAGAGGUGAUCUUGAAAUGCAGAUUGAGAGCCUGACUGAGGAGCUGGAGUAUAUUAAGAAGACUCAUGAGGAGGAUAUGAACUCUAUGAAGGAUGCCACCACUGGAGAUAUCAAUGUCGAAAUGAAUGCUGCACCUGGAGUUGACCUGACUGCUCUCCUCAAUAAGAUGAGGGUAGAAUAUGAGGCACUUGCUGAGGAGAAUAGACAAGACAUUGAGGCUUGGUUCAAUGAACAGAGUGAAGAACUUAAUAAGCAGAUCAGCAGCAAUGCUGAUGAGACCAAUACCUACAAGAAUGAAAUUAUUGAGCUGAGACGUAACUUACAAAGCCUAGAAGCUGAACUUCAGACCCAACUUGCUCUGAAACAAUCUCUGGAGGCCACCUUGGCACAGACAGAAGGUCAGUACUCUGCCCACAUUUCCCAAAUACAAGGAAUGAUUAGUGUUGUGGAAGGACAAGUCCAGCAGAUCAGAGAUGACAUGGAGGGACAAAACAGAGACUAUGAACAGCUUCUAGACAUUAAGAUCCGCCUAGAGAAUGAGAUUGAGACUUAUCGCCGUCUGCUGGAUGGGGGAGACAGCCACUGGGUCACACUGUCAGCCUCAAAGUAA